AUGAUUGAGCAGAUCUCUCGCUCGAAUUACUCCGACAAUGAGAUGGAACAAAGUGUUCACGAGACAGUGAGCAGCAUGAAGCGUGCCAAAGCAAAGGCAGCAGCUGAUUCAGGGGAAUGGAAGGUCGCUUAUGUAAGGUUGGUUAUAGGAGAACUGGAGCUGAGAUUGCUGGACAUGGAAUUGACGAGGAUCUCCGAGGAGGAAGAGGAGAUAGAAGCUGAGCUUCAGCGAUUGAUGGAUCAGAAGAGAGAGCUGUCGCAGCAGCAGCACUACGCAAGUUAA